AUGGAUACAUUCAAGUUUCUAAUUCUGCUGUUGUGGAUGUGUGGAGGGCAGGCUGAGCACAGCCUGCAGAAAACACAGAGAGAUGCAGUAGCGCUGGCUUCCUGUGACUUUAACCAGGACAGUGAACCAUUCUGCAGGUUCAGGCAGGACAACUCAGACAACGGGGACUGGACCCGAAACAAAGGUGUAACCCCGACACCUGGCACUGGCCCCAAUGGAGACUACCCUGAUGGAGUGGGCUACUUUAUCUACCAUGAAUGUGACAAUGUGGCUAAUGGGCAGAAAGUGCGUCUGCUGAGCCCUGCCCUCUCAUCGUCGGCCUCUCAGAUCUGUGUCCAGUUCCGAUACUACAUGUACGGCUCAGACAGUCAGAAUGUGUUGAGGGUUCUGGCCAAGAGGUCCACCGGCGAGGAGAAGGUCUGGAAGAAGAUGGGUAUCCAGAGUCCAUCCUGGCUGAAGGGCUCUGUCACUGUGUCCAAACGCAGCAGUCAGAGCAUCAAUAUUGUGUUUGAGGCUCAGAGAGGCAUCAGUUCUUCCUGUGACACAGCUCUAGACAACAUCGUCAUCACUGAAGGAGCGUGUCCCGUUUGUGCGUCUGGCUGUGAUUUUGACGGUCCUGAUGGGCUGUGUGGGUGGACGAGUCAAACUGAGAGUCCUGAUAUAUUUGGCUUUAAUCUGUGGAACGGGCCAACUGAAACUGAAGGCACCGGGCCUGAUGAUGACUUCUCCAAACCUGGAUUGGGCUCAUACAUGUUGAUGGAUUCUUUCGAGGCUAUCCCUGGACUCAAGUCUCACAUCAGAAGUCCUCUAAUAACCCCCUCCUCUGGGUGUCUGGACCUCUCCUUCCACUACUACUUGUACGGCACCAGCACCACCAUGGAGAUAAGUGUCCACACCAUCACCACAGGUGGAAGCCUUGGACCUGCUCUCUAUACUGUAAGGGGUAACCAGGGUCAGGGCUGGAAGCCUGCAGAGAUCCGGUACUUGGGAGCUGCUGGCAUUCAGUUUGUGAUUGUGGGUACCUUUGGAGAAACUUCUCAAACCGAUAUUGCUGUUGAUGCUGUUUGUGUCAUGGCCUGCAAAGCUCAGCCAACAACUCCCCCACCGGUAACAACUCCAGGACUAACCACACCAACGCCAACCCCUGGUCUGACUACGCCCAAACCAACAACUCCAGGUCCAUCAACACCUAAACCAUCAACUCCAGGACCGACUAAACCAACAACACCCGGACCGACUAAACCAACAACACCCGGUCCAUCCACACCUAAACCAUCAACUCCAGGACCGACUAAACCAACAACACCCGGUCCAUCAACACCUAAACCAUCAACUCCAGGACCGACUAAACCAACAACACCCGGUCCAUCAACACCCAAACCAUCAACUCCAGGACCGACUAAACCAACAACACCCGAUCCAUCAACUCCUAAACCAUCAACUCCAGGACCGACUAAACCAACAACUCCCGGUUCAUCAACACCUAAACCAUCAACUCCAGGCCCGACUACACCUAAACCAACAACACCCGGUCCAUCAACACCUAAACCAUCAACUGCAGGACCGACUAAACCAACAACUCCUGGUCCAUCAACACCUAAACCAUCAACUCCAGGCCCGACUACACCUAAACCAACAACACCCGGUCCAUCAACACCUAAACCAUCAACUGCAGGACCGACUAAACCAACAACUCCUGGUCCAUCAACACCUAAACCAUCAACUCCAGGCCCGACUACACCUAAACCAACAACACCCGGUCCAUCAACACCUAAACCAUCAACUCCAGGCCCGACUACACCUAAACCAACAACACCCGGUCCAUCAACACCUAAACCAUUUACUCCAGGACCGACUAAACCAACAACUCCUGGUCCAUCAACACCUAAACCAUCAAGUCCAGGCCCGACUACACCUAAACCAACAACACCAGGUCCAUCAACACCUAAACCAUCAACUCCAGGCCCGACUACACCUAAACCAACAACACCCGGUCCAUCAACACCUAAACCAUCAACUCCUGGCCCGACUACACCUAAACCAACACCUCCUGGUCCAUCUACACCCAAACCAACAACUCUUGGACCAAGUACACCAAAACCAACAACUCUUGGACCAACUACACCAAAGCCACCAAACCCAUGCCCUCCUGAUGCAGAGUAUAUAGAAUGUGGUCCAGCUUGUAUCCCGACCUGUAUGGAACCUUCCACCAACUGUUCUGGCUCCUGCAUCAGUGGUUGCUUCUGCAAACCAGGGUUUGUCUUCAAGGGCCGCCGCUGUGUCCCAUUGGAGAAAUGUGGCUGUCUGGAUGACCAGAAUAAUUAUUAUGAGCCUGGCGAGAUUAUAUUUGGAGAUGGCUGCUCAAAGCUGUGUCGCUGUGCAGGGAACUACACUCUGGAAUGUGUUGACAACUUGUGUGACCCCACUGAAGAGUGCCGCAAUGUUAAUGGUGUUGCAGGCUGCUAUCCUAAAGGUACAUCCACUUGCGUAGCGAGUGGUGAUCCCCACUACACCACCUUUGACAAACGCAAGUACAACUUCAUGGGCAACUGCAGCUACUUGAUGUCCCGACCCUGCAAUGAAACAACUCUGCCACACUUUGAGGUCCACACGGACAAUGAACAUCGUUUUAACAGCCCCACCAUCUCCUAUGUGAAGGCAGUGCAUGUAUAUGUACACACUGUGAAGAUAUCCAUCCUGAAAGGUGGCACAGUGCAGGUGAACGGGACCAAAGUAAACCUUCCUGUGACUCCGGCCCCUGGUGUCUCUGUGUUCAAGUCAGGAAAGCACUACACUGUGUCCAUGAACUUUGGUGUGACUGUUCGUUAUGAUGGAAACCACUUCAUGGACAUCAAAGUGAUCAAAGACUAUGAGAACACGCUGUGUGGACUGUGUGGAGAUUACGACGGAGAUUCCAAAGACGACUUCCGUAAACCAAAUGGAUCAUUGACCAGCAAUGCCAAUGACUUUGGACACAGCUGGAACACCGAUCCAGAGUGUCACAAGAAACCCAACACCACCAUCCCCGAGUGUGAUGAGGGGGACGAGGAACUGUAUGAGAGCUCUGGAUACUGUGGCAUCCUGCUGGACAAAAAGGGUCCCUUCGCUGUGUGCCACCCCAAAAUCAACCCAAAUAAUUACUUCAGGGACUGUCUCUUUGACCUGUGUGAGCUGGAUGGAGCCAGACCAAUCCUGUGCGAAGCCAUAGAGGCCUAUGUCAACGAAUGCCAGGACCGCGGGGUGAACAUCAAACCCUGGAGGAAUGAAACCUUCUGCCCUCUGAGCUGCCCCCCCAACAGCCACUAUGAGCUCUGUGUAGACCCCUGUCAGGACACGUGCACCGGGAAACCUCCCUCCUGCGGCGGGCCCUGCACCGAGUCCUGUGUGUGUGAUCCGGGCUACGUCCUGAGCGCCGGCAAGUGCGUCAAGAAGAACUCGUGUGGCUGCACACACACCAGCGGACAGUAUUAUGAGCCUGGAGACGAGUUCUAUGUGGAGGACUGUAAGCUGAAGUGCAGGUGUGAUGCUCCCUUCAUUACCUGCAUGCCCACUGAAUGCCCCCCAAUGCACCAGUGUAAAAGCCAGGACGGAGAGCUGGGCUGCUACCCCACCAGCUCUAAGGACUGCGUGGUGUCCGGAGAUCCUCACUACAACACGUUUGACAAGAAGUUCUACAGCUUCAUGGGAACGUGCACCUACACACUGGCCAGAACCUGCGGCAACAGCAUUGCUCCUUGGUUCUCAGUGGAGGGGAAGAACGAGGAGAGAGGCGUGACCGGGGUGUCCUACCUGAGGAAGCUCUAUGUCACCGUGAACGGCAUCACCGUGACCCUGAUGAAGGCCAGGAGAACUCUGGUCAAUGGACUGCGAGUGGCCCUCCCGCACUCCCCCUCUCCGCUCAUGUCUCUCAGUCUCGCCGGUCAAUACAUCACCCUGCAAACGACCUUCGGCCUCCGGGUGCGCUGGGAUGGAAACCAUUACGCCCAGAUCUCAGUCCCCAGCUCCUACUACGACCAGAUGUGCGGCCUGUGCGGCGACUACGACGGCAAGCCGGGCAACGACUUCACCAAACCAGACGGCACUCUGGUGGGAAAUGUCAACGACUUCGGGAACAGCUGGCAAACGGAGGAGGACGAGGAUGACUCGUGCAGGCCAGGAACCAAGCCCAACCCGGACUGUGACCCCAAGCUUGAGGCUGAGGUGGUGAAACCGGACAAAUGUGGUAAAAUCAAAGACCCUGCUGGACCCUUCAGGGAUUGUAUCAGUGUGGUGGAUCCCACGCCGUUCUUCCAGAGCUGCGUGUAUGACAUGUGUCAGUUCAGCGGCCAGCAGCGCGUCCUGUGCGACCAGCUGCAGGCCUACACCGAUGCCUGCCAGAGCGCCGGGGCCAAAGUCCACCAGUGGAGGACUCCGAGCUUCUGUCCCCUGGCCUGCCCUCCCAAGAGCUCCUACACUCUGUGUGCCAGUUCCUGUCCCGAGACGUGUCUGGGCGUGGUUGGGCCCCCUGGCUGCGAGGACGUGUGCGUGGAGGGUUGCGAGUGUAACCCGGGCUUCAUCCUCAGCAACGACAAGUGUGUGUCGCUGAAGGACUGUGGCUGUGUGGACACCAGCGGGAAUUAUCACCCUGUGGAUGAUAACUGGUACUUGGAGGGCUGCGAACAGAAGUGUGUGUGUCACAGUGGAGGUUUGAUCCAAUGUCAUAACAGCAGCUGUAAACCAACCACAGAGAGCUGCCAGCUGCAGGAUGGAGAUUACGAAUGUCGUCCUUUGGGAAAUGGCAUCUGCUCAGUAUCCGGCGACCCACACUACACCACCUUUGACAAGCGCACCCACCAUUAUAUGGGGGCCUGCUCCUACACACUGUCCAAACCCUGCAACGUCUCCUCCGGCUUGCCGUACUUCACCGUGGACACGCAGAACGAGCACAGAGGGAGCAAUAAGAAGGUCUCCUACGUCAGGGCUGUGGUGGUCAACGUGAACAGGGUGACCGUCGUCCUCGGCAAGGGCCGCACUGUUCAGGUCAAUGGGACGGCGGUCGUCCCGCCCGUCACCUCCAUCGGCGGGGUCAAGAUCUACCUGAGCGGCAAGUUUGUCGUCCUGGAGACAUCCUUCGGCCUGAGGGUGCGUUUUGACGGCAACCACCACGCCGAUGUCUCCGUGCCAACCUCCUACAACGGCCUGCUCUGCGGCAUGUGUGGAAAUUUCAAUGGAAAUGCCAAAGAUGACAACUUGAAGCCAGACAACAGACCAGCUGCCAACACAAACGAACUGGGAAACAGCUGGCAGGUUCCUGACCCUCGGCCAGACUGCAACAACGGUGGGGGACAGGAGGACUGUGAUAAAGAGGUGGAGGAGGAGGCCAAGAAGCCCACCAGCUGCGGCAUGAUCACGGAUCCCAACGGUCUCUUUAAGCCCUGCCACUCCGUCGUGCCCCCAGGGGCGUACUUUGAAAACUGCGUGUACGACAUGUGUGCCACUGGAGGUCAGACCGUGGCUCUGUGCCAGGCCGUGGAGAGCUACGCUGACAUGUGUGCUGCCGCAGGAGUCCCCAUCGCGUGGAGGAACAACACCUUCUGUCCUCUGAAGUGCCCCCCAGGCAGCCAUUACAACCCGUGCGGCCCUGCCUGUGCCCAGCCCAGCUGCCAGGACCCCGCGGUCGCCGGCGGCUCCUGCAACCAUCCCUGCGUGGAGGGAUGUGUCUGUAACCCUGGCCUCGUCCUCAGCGGAGACAAGUGCGUCCCGCUCAGCGAGUGUGGAUGCACCGACGGAGAGGGACACUACAGGCCGGUGGGAGACUCUUGGUUCCCGGAGGCGGACUGCUCAGAGCGCUGUAAGUGCAACGGCAACCGCAACAUCACCUGUGAGCCCUGGCAGUGCAGCCCUGCACAGGAGUGUAAAGUUGUGGAGGGAGUGCUGGACUGCCACUCCACAGGCAAAGGGGUGUGUCACGUGGCUGGAGAUCCUCACUACUACACUUUUGAUGGUGUGAUGCACACGUACAUGGGUACCUGCACUUACACCCUGGUGGAGGUGUGUAACACCACCAAGGUAACUCCCUUCAAGGUCGUGGCUAAAAACGAGGAGCGCGGUCAACCAGAGGCCUCCUAUGUGCGCUCGGUCAAAGUCUACCUGCCCCACGGAACUGUGGUGGAACUGCAGAAGAGCCGCAGAGUUCUGCUGAAUGGACGGCGGGUGCGAACCCCAGUUUCCAUCGACUUGGACGGAGCCAAGGUGAUAACCAGUGGAUCCUACAGUCUGCUGGACACAAACUUUGGACUGCAGGUGAAGUUUGACGGCGUCCAUCACCUGGAGAUCACGGUUCCUGGAGAAUACUUCAACAAGCUAUGUGGCAUGUGUGGAAACUACAACCACAACUCCUCGGAUGACAACCUGAUGCCCAACAAGAAACCAGCCAAGAAUGUGAUUGAACUGGGCAACAGCUGGAAAUCAGAUGGGGACAGUGAUUCUGGCUGCCAGCCGGACACCCGUCCAGACGUGCACCCCAACUGCACGGCCGAGGAAGAGAAGCUGUACGAGGCUCAGUGUGCCGAGGUCAUCCUCUCCGACCAUUUCAAGCCCUGCCACCCACUGCUGCCCGCCGAGGCCUUCCUGGGUAACUGCAUCUACGACAUGUGCGAGUACGACGGCAUGCAGGCGACGCUCUGCGACAACGUGGAGGCGUACGCUCAGGCCUGCCAGAGCGCAGGUGUUACCAUCAGCUGGAGGAACAACACCUUCUGUCCCGUGCCCUGCCCUCCCAACAGCCACUACUCGGACUGCACCGCCCCGUGCCCCCCCACCUGCUCCGACCUCUUCCCCUUCUUCUGCCACCUCCCACCAACCACCUGCGUGGCGGGCUGCCAAUGUGACGCCGGCUACGUCCUCAGCGACAACAAGUGUGUUCCUCUGGACAAAUGUGGCUGUCUGGACUCAGACGGGGAGUACCAUGAUGUGGGAGACUCGUGGCUGACGGAUAAAUGUGCAGAUUUAUGUACCUGCAACCUCGGUGGCAAAAUCACGUGUAAGGACCACAGCUGUAACUCCAACUCAGUGUGUGCCUUGGACAACUAUGGAGAAGUCAACUGCGAACCUACCAAGUUCGACAAGUGCAGCAUCUCUGGGGAUCCUCACCACCGAACAUUCGAUGGUUUCACCCAUCACUUCCAGGGCCCCUACACCUACGUCCUGACUCAGAGCCACAACCUGCAGAACUCCCUGUCGUCCCUUGUGGUGAGGGGGAAGAACAUCAGACGCGGGGGGAACCGGAGGGUGUCGUUCCUGGAUCAGAUCUACAUUGACGUUUACGGCUUCAAUGUCCGGUUCCUGCAGAAGAAGAACAUCCUGCUGAACGGGGAGCGUGUAGUACCGCCUCUCAGUCCCGCUGAGGGUUUGACCAUCACGAUGAACUCCAGGCAGGUCCAGCUCACCACCGACUUUGGACUCACUGUACGCUUCGAUGGCAACAGUCGCGGAGAGAUCAUACUGCCCAGCACCUAUAAGAACUCUGUCAGGGGGCUAUGUGGAAACUAUGACGGCAUCACCAGAAAUGAGUACAUGAAGCCGGAUGGAACAGUGGUCAGGGCCCUGAACACGUUUGGAGAAAGCUGGAGGGUCAGUGACCGACAGGCGGAUGGACUGAAGAUCUUCAACCUUCCUCACACUGUGCACACUCACAGGCGGGAGGUGAAGACCGAUCCAGAUUCAGGGUUUGAGACGUCGGACUGCUCUCAGUCUCAGCUCAAUGACUACAACAGCGUGGCUCAGUGUGGAGUGCUGUCUGACCCCAAGGGCCCGAUGGCUGCCUGCCAUGCUACCCUGCCGCCUCAGACCUACCAGGAUGACUGUGUGUUUGACCUGUGUGCUGAGGGUGGCGCUGCGGCACUGCGUUGCGCCAGUUAUGAAGCGUACACUGUCGCCUGUCAGGAGGCCGGAGUGAAACUGGGAUCCUGGCGGAAGCAGCUGGACUGUGUCCUGUCCUGUGAUGCCAACAGUGCCUACUCCACCUGCAUGACACCUUGCCCCUCCUCCUGCGCCGACCUGGCUGCCCCCUCCGAGUGCGACACCACUUCCUGCGUGGAGGGCUGCCAGUGUGCAGCAGGCUUCGUCAUGAGCGAGGGCGUCUGCGUGCCAUACACGCAGUGCGGCUGCACCUUCCUCAACAGAUACUACACCCUGAAGGAGAGGUUCGUGACUGAGGACUGUUCCCAGGCUUGUGAGUGCACUAGCACCGGCGCCGUGUGCCAAUCCAAGACCUGCCAGGGCGGUUUCGUCUGCACCAUCUUCGACUUUAAACGGGACUGCUACAGAGCGAGCCCCUGCCUCAGCUACCCCUGUCUGAACGGAGGGAGCUGCAAUGAGGUCGGCAACAACACGCACACCUGUCGGUGUGCGGAGGGCUUCGAGGGCACCAACUGCGAGGUGGAGAGCACACAAAGCGGAGGUCUGGAAACCAAGUGGAUCAUCCUGAUAGCGGUGUUGGCCGCAGUCGUCGCCAUCGCCAUCGUGACCGCCGUUGCGUGCGCCUGCCGACAAAAGGCCAAGUCACACGUUUAUGUAAUUCAGAAGCAGCAGUCAUAUCACAAUGGGAAACACAAGUCGGACGAGAAAAAGCUCAGCAUGAAAUCAACAACGGUUCCAUAUUCAAACAUAGAGGACGACAGAAAGGACAAAGUGACGCCGAUGUGAUGUCACCUGAAUGCAACAUGACUUCUUC